AUGCAAGAAAUCGAUCAAACUCUACUCUCAGGAGACCUAAUAUGGGCUAUAAUCAAGGACUUGCAGACGCUGCACAACAUGUACCCCACCAUAUGCCUUGUAUGGUCAGAUAUGCUUGAGAGACGACAAUGGCACAAGUGGGAAUCAACCACCUGAACUUUGCAUGCAGAGUAACUGCCACGAACAGAGCUUUCUGUGCACACCUGGUGCAGCUAACAGAGAACUUUCAGUCUCCACAUCAUAGGGUUCGCUUGGGUAAUUCAGUAAAAGCUAUUCUGCUCAUAUGGCUUAAAUUCCUUGAUAAUGGCAUAUCUCAUUGGCAGGACAUUCUGGCCACUCAACGUGAUUCCCCGAUACACUCUGACGCUGCAUGUUUCCUAGGUUUUGGGGGUUAUUUUAUGAGUAGGUGACCACCCCACUGGAAGGGUUCUCCUAUUACCUGUGAUCUUACAUUCCUUGAAUUCUUUCCUAUUGUGGUUGCCAUUCACCUGUGGGUUGAUGUUUUUAAAAAUCAGAUUUUUUUUUAACACAAAAUCUGGCUGAAGAAUCCUGUCAAGUUUCAUUUUGAAAUCAUUUUCUCAUAUCACUGAUAUGGAAUUUGCCCUCUCACUACAAAUAAGCUGACAGUCGACUUUCCCUGGGUGGUUAGUAUGUGGCAUUCCCCACCCGCCUCCAGUCAAAGUUCAUACUCUUGUGCGAUUUGUUGUUUUUUGCAAAACCGCAAAUCUCACUUGAAACCAUUCUUUUCCCUUCAGUCAGGGAGUGAUUAUUUUCAACACCAUUGUGGUUGCUUCAGGAAAAGGUAUGUAUAAAAAGUAUUUUUCUGCCAUAAAAGUGGGGUAAACAUUUCAUAAUUCUGAAUCAUAUUGCCAGUUCAGUAGACAAUCUUUAAUACAAACUGUAUAUCUUUCACUUUAUUUUGGUGAUUUGACCUUUGUUAUUAUUUUAACUUGUUGAUUUUUCUGGUUUUGGUUGUGAGACACCUUUUGUGGGCUUUGCCUAAAAUGUAAUAAAAAUGGUGUAAAUAAAUAAAUGUAUUGAGAGUAAAAAUUCACUAUUACUGGUGAUUUUUUUUUCAUAUUAUAGGUCAAAUUGCACAUCUCUUUGUAGUUUCUAUAAAUCCAUGGGGCAUGCCAUUAGCAUGAUAUACAUAGAGUAGCUGCUUAUAUAAAGUGUAUUAGAGUGGCCUGCCAAGGAUUCUGCUUCAGAAAAUCCACUUAAUAUUUUUCUUGGUGUGCAUUUUUGAAUCAUGUAAAGGGAGACCUCAGCCAAAAUUAACUACAUUGUUUACAAUGGAAGUGUUGAGUAAAUGCUUAAAGUUCUCCCUUUGAAAUUAUUUGUAGCUAAAAUGCUUGAAAUUACACCUUGAAGUAUGAAUUACCUACAUUCAAAUUGGUUAACAACCUUUCAGGGGUUUUUUAUUUUUAAACGUGAAAACAAUUUGUGACAAGUUGGUAGACCCAUUUAAAAGCAAGUUGUGUUGCAGAAAAACCAAACAAAAACCAUGGAGAUUUAGCUCAGACUUAUCUCAUUCUUUUUAAUUUCUGCCUUUCAGGCAUGAAAUUGUUAUACUUUCUUUUCUGGAUUGCUGAUACUGUGAAGCUGAUAUUGGGAAAAUGGCUACCCCUUGGAAGUGUGAUGCAGUCUUUAAAAUCUAAAGGUAACUUAGAUUAAAACCAAGUCAAACUUUCUCAGAAAACUUUUUCUUUUUCUUUUUUUAAAAUAAUUUUUAUUAGUUUUCUUUUCUCAUAACAAAUAUCCAGUAUCAUUACUAAACAUUCAUUUUCCAAUUCCCCCCUCCCUGUUGACUUCCCUCAACUUCCAUUUCUGGUUUGUUACAUCAAAUGAUACAUUCUGCUGUUUGUAUGUAAUACUAUGUUAUCCAAUUGCUGUACUUCUUCUCUGUAAAUAAAGUUGUAAAUGUUUAUAUAAAUCCUGCCGGCGAGUCCAUUUCUUUUUGUUGUUUCUGCAAAUAUGUUGUAAAAGGUUCCCAUUCUUUUUCAAAGUCACUAUUGUCCUUUUCAUGCAGUUUGUCCAUUAACUUUGCUUACUCUGCAUAGUUCAUCAACUUUUCUUGCCAUUGUUCUUUUGCUGGUACAGUGGUACCUCGGGUUACAGACACUUCAGGUUACAGAUGCUUCAGGUUACAGACUCCGCUAACCCAGAAAUUGUACCUCGGGUUAAGAACUUUACUUCAGGAUGAGAACAGAAAUUGCGUGCCAGCGGUGCAGCGGCAGAGGGAGGCCCCAUUAGCUAAAGUGGUGCCUCAGGUUAAGAAUAGUUUGAGGUUAAGAAUGGACCUCCGGAACAAAUUAAGUUCUUAAGCCGAGGUACCACUGUACUUCUCCGGUAUUCCAAUUUUGUGUUAUUAAAAUUCUUGCUGCUGCUGUAGCAUACAUAAAUAAUGUCCGUUUUUCUUUCAGCAACUCUUGUCCUAAAAUACCUAACAAAAAUGCUUCUGGGUUUUUUUAACAAAAUUUUGCAAUCUGUUCUGAAUAUAUGGCUUGGAUUCCCAUAUUAAUUUUUUCUCCAAAUUCCAUUUCUUCAAGAACAUUUUUCAUAAAGUCCCAAGAAACAUUAUCAAAUGCUUUUUCUGCAUCUAUAAACAUAAAUGCAGCUUGCUUUUCAUUUCAAACUUCCAGGUAUUCUAUUAUGUUUAAAACAUUCCUAAUAUUAUCUUUCUUUUGCCUACAUGGGAGAAAUCCUGCUUGAUCCUGGUGUAUAUAUUCUUCCCAAAAAAAAUUUCAUUCUGUUGGCUAAAAUAUAUGCAAACAGUUUGUAAUCGUUAUUUAAUAAUGAAAUGGGCCUAUAAUUUUUAACUAAAGUUAUGUCUGAAUCUUGUUUUGGGAUUAAUGUUAUGUAUGCCUCUUUCCAUGUUUCUGGGACUUCCCCUGUUUUUAAAAUCUCAUUCAUCGUGUCUCAGAAUACUUUUUUGAGUGAGCAGGGAGAUCAUUCUUUCUCACAGCUCAGGAAGAAAAACAACCUUGUAGAGUUUUCUACAAAUGCAGUAGAACAACUGCUGCAAUAAUAAAGUUGCCUGUGAGAAUCAGUGGUGGAAAAUGUCAUUUUCUGGUCCCCUAUAUCUAUAUCAAUGUAGUGCCCUCCAGAUCUUGUUGAAAUACAACUCUCAACACUCCCAACCAGCAGUCUUCACUUAUAGUCAUAAUACCAAAAACUUUAAAGUCCAAUUCAUCCAAAAGCAAUAUUUGAGUAGCUAUAUCCUCACAGAAAAGCAUAGGAAAAAAAUGUUUAUGGGUAAGUUAAUGUAGUACAAACCAUGGAGAGGAACAAUGAAUAAUGAUUUGGUUUUGGAGUGGCUUUAAUCAUUUAAUGUAGUUAUAGAGUCCAUCUAACCCUGAAGCUUGCAUUAAACUUUUUUUCUUCCUAUCACAGAGAAGCAGGAAGAUUCCCAGCCGAAAUGCACUGAAAAAAGGGAAGGAAUGAGUCUAGGUAAAUAUUACGUUCCAUACCAUGAGGGACGACAAGGUAGUAUGAAUAAUUGUUUGCCUCUGGAAAUGCUUUAAUAAUUUGAAUUAUGGGUUAUUAAACUGUUGGGUCAAUGUUUCAGCCCACCUUUUGAAUUCAUUACACUGAAAUCUUAAUGAAAAUAUAGUUAAAAUAAAAUACUUUUGAAUAACGUGUCUGAAAAUUACAAUGUUUUUAUUUAUCUUGUUUUUGACAAUUAUUAUGGAGAACUUCAUAAAUGUAUGAAAAUACUUGUUGCAGAUGUAGCUUACACAUUCAAGAUAGUUCCUGUCUUUGACCCACAAAUGAACUGUGAAAAUUUCCCUUUCUAAUAAGGCUACUCAGUGUCAAUUUAGCUUUCUUACACCCCCUGAGAAAACAAAAUAUCUCCUAGAUAAACCCAACCUUACUUUGGAGAGUCUUGGCUUAUCCCAGAUUUAUUCCAGAGGUCAAAGUUUUCACUAUGGUCAGUCAUCAAGCAAAUCAAUCCACCUUCUAGCUCCAUAGCAUUUCCUCUUCCCAGUAAACAAAUCUUGUAAUGAUCCAUAGUUUGUCCGCCUUUGGUCUCCAGCCUACACCCAUCUCAGCUCUCACCUGUGGCUCAUUGAAGCUGUCAGCAUGAGACAGUGGUCACACCACAAGAAUGGAUUCAACUGGCUGGCUUAAUCAGGUGGGGGUAGCUGAUGGGUCUCAAACCCUGAGUGAGUUAGGGACUUAACUUGCAUGCAAAGACAUGCUUCAGUAGAUUGAGUGGACCAAUAGUGGUUCCAACAGUCAAUAAGGCAGUUUCUGCACGUGCUGUAGAGGGAAAUGAAGGGCAGAUAGGGCUCAUCAAUCUGGGAGGGUGAUCCAUCUAGGAGAAUGAAAACUCUGAUCCCAAACCUCUGCUGCCUUAUGGGACAUCUUCAGGAGAAUAAAAGGCUAAGGAGUAAACCCUGCACAAAUCUGGAGAGGAGCUUGUAAGAUGGUUGGAUGGCAUCUGGUACACCUCCUUUCAGCAACUCCUGCAGCCAAACUGGUGCCAAAUGUAUUGCUGUGCUUUCCUUUGGACCACAAAGUGAGGCUGAGAGUUUGGUCUUGUCACUUGGGCAGCCCAGGACCUCCAUAUACACUGCCCAGGCUUGUGCCUCAGAGAGGUCACUUCAGUGCUGUUAACACAGCAAAAAACAAUGCAGUUUGACUUCAUCCUUGGAGGUACACUCCAUUGUCUCUUGCGACAGACGGAUGCCAAGAACUGCUGAUAACACAGACUCCCAGCUUUCCAUCUCCUCUGUCUCCCCCCUGCUUGACUCUUCCCCAUUGUUUAUAAAGUACCUGCUGUGGCUUUGACAUUUGUCUUGUUCCUGACAUCUCCCCAACAUUCUUUACAUGUAGAUAUGCAUGUAUAUGACAAAUCCUUCUAUAUAUUAAUUGUUCUCCCUGAUAAGAGCUGGAAGGAUUUUCUUGUCAUGUUCUGAUUCAUUAUCAAAGCAAUUACAAGCGAUAUAGGAAAUAGCAGAAUGCUGUGAGUGGAGUUAAUUGCACAGGUACUUCCCAUAAAUGUCCCGAUUUUUAGCCAGCAGGAUAGAACUGCAAUAUCUUUAGUUACCGUACAUCCUAUUUUUAAUGAAAUUCCGCCCUCAUCCCAAACUGUCUAUCCAUGAAUACUUCACCCCUGUCUUUAACCGGUUUUAUAUUAAUUUGUUUUUUCUGCUUUUCAGACAUCAUUCCGGCCUAUAUUUUUCAGUUUCCUGACUUCAUAAAAGCAAAAAGUCUUCAAGAAUAUGCACACAACCUGUGGCCAGUCAAAUCUAUAGGUACUUUAAAUAUAUACGUAACUCACACAGUAAAAGUAUAGGCAACCCAUUAACUAUGAAAUUCAUGUUUAUGCAUAACAUUUUUGCCCAUCAGUUUAAAGAAUUGAUGAUUUUGGUCCUGGCUCUAAACAUAAUCAAUGAUACCUAACCUGAGGCAGAAAGGGAGAAAGCAUUCUAGAGGGAAGAACUGGGCUUAGAGGACAUAUACCUUCUGUUUUGCCAAAUAAAUAAAAACACGUUAUUUUAGAUUCAGUGGCAAUAACACUAGUGGGGGGAAAUUCAUUGCUUGAAUACAGAAUAAUAUGCACAUCAAAAUGAUCUUUAAAGAGAAUAACAUGGCAUAAGCAAGAUAAAAUACUUACCCAUUCAGUUAUCAGCAGCUUCAGGAAACAAUAACAAAAAAGGAUGCAGCUAAGCAGUACACCAAACCCUUCUGAGCAGGGCCUACAUAUAUCAAAGCUCCAAGGUCAGAACCCAUCAGCGAGAUUUAUACACCUUAGGCCCUUAGCGGUUACAUGCUGGCUGGCCUGAUAUCCAGAUGCCUCACACCUAUUCCAGAAGCUAUUAUUGGGAUGGUGCAAGAGAUGUUAUAUCACCUGCCAGGUGAGGUAGGCAAAUAGGCAGGGCCCAGCAUAGUUGAUUAAUGCUGCAGCUCUGCUGCUUCUGGCAGUCACUCAACCUUCAACUGGCCCACAAGAGCACCCUUGAACUUUCUGCUGGCACUUAUCCCUGAAGCACAAACAGAAAUCAAGACAAUAAAGUCAACCAAAAACCCUUGGGAGUCCUAAAGGGCUUGAUCCUUUAGGAUGUGCCAAACAGCAAGGAGGAAUAAUUGUACAAACCAGUUGACCUACCUCUUUGAAAUAAAAAACAAAAAUCAUCCACAAUAGGUUUUCUACACCCUCUCUUAUAUUUAAGCUCCAGGUUGUACAUAUGUUCCACCUCCACUUUGCCAACUGGAAGACUGACAAGUGCCAUCUCCUGGUCCUAGAGUCAUAAUUACAAUGCUGAUUUUAAAGCUGAUUUCACCCACAUGUAUGUCUUGAAUGUUGCUCUUGUUCUGUGACAGAACGUUUCCUGAGAAAAUGCUAUGAAAAGGCACAAAAUACAUUUAAAGGUAGGUUACCUUAAGUAAUUCCAAAUAUUGUAUUGCAGAAGAAUAAGAAAUUAUGUAUAGAUCUAUAACUGCAGUUAACUGAAAGCAGAAACUUCCAAGCUCCUUCUCCUGGAUUAAUUGGAGAAGGGAAGGCAAGAGUGAAAAACAGAAGGAACAAAGCUGGAAGGAAUUCCAAACCUUUUGCUUCCACUUUCAGUCAGCUGUAAUUUGUCAUGACACCAGGACAUACAAACUGCCUCUGCUGUUUUUCAAGCACUAUUCCCUUCUUUAUUUGUGCACCGGUCCCUGACUUUGUGAGGCCAUAGGCAGAAAGCUGAGAUUUUGAAAACACAAGGUGACCUUUCAAAUUUAUAGGUACUUUAAGUAUGAGGUUGACAUUUUAAAAGACCAGCUAACACAUAUAGUAAAUAUAAGGAAAUAUCUGUGUCAUUCACACUUUUCUACAGACAUUUUAGUCCUAUUUGGAAAAAUAAUAUCAGUGAUUGCAGAUACCUGCAUCCUAUAGAGAGGAAUAGGGCUUAGAAGACAUGUGUUCCUUCCCAUAUUUAGGCUUCCAGGUUGUCCAUAUGUGGCACACCAAUUUUGCAAACAGUUGACAUGAUCAUUGCCACUAGCCAGUCAUGUAGCCAUAGAAUUGUAGAGUUGGGAGGGACCCUGAGGGUCAUCUAGUUCAACCCCCCCUGCAGUGCAGGAAUCCAUCCAAGGUACGAUAGCUUCACUAAUUCCAAAUAUUGCAUUACUGAAGAAUCAGAAGCGCUGUGUAAUUGAUUGAGCAAUUCUUGAAUAUGAAAGUGAAUGCUUCAACUACACAUGCACCUUCUAAUAGCUCUCCUGUAAUGUGUUUGACAUUUGUUAAAAAUCUCUUUAGCCUUAGAGUCCCAUCACCUUCCUUUUAAAAACAGUCAAAACUUGUCUUCCUCAUAAAACAAAGAUAAACAGUGCUUAUGUAUCAUUGAUAAAACAUUUGCUACUGUUUUCUUACAUUAUAUUCUCCCAAAUGAUCUUCACUACUGGCAUUGUUUUCCCAAAUGAAUUUAUUCCCCAAAUGAAUUUUGCAGUCACUCCUGCUCUGAGAUGGUGGAAGCACUACCAUAGAUUAGAGGCGAGCUUUCAACCUAUUCUUGUUUAGAUAAAGAGAUUUUCAUCACCAAGGCCUUGGGUGAUGUUUCUUGUUUGCCACCUCCUCUUUCAUUAUCGAAACGAUAUCCAGCAGAGCAAGAAAGUCACAAGGGAACAUUGGAAGUUACACAAACUCCUCCUAUGGCUUCAGGAUAACAUAAUUGGGGGGGGGGGGGUUGAUUAUGUAACAAGUGAAAGCCUGCUAAAGAGCAAGACUGAUUUAAAAAAACCCAUAGGAGUCUAGCUCAGCAGAGGUAGAGCUAGCUGCUCCGGCACCUGGAGCGGCCCCCAGUUGCGGGGCAGGGCUAGCCAGCUGCGAGGACGGGGCUAGCCACCCGCAGGGUUGCGCUGGUGGCAGGAAGUGUCCCGGGGGGUGUGCCACCUGCGACAGUGUCACCCCCCCUCCGCCUCUGUAGCUCAAGCCUUAUUUACCUUUCCCCUUUUUGUUUUUCAGGCAUUUCCUUCUAUAUUCAUGAAUUUGUGAGACUGAUAACAGAAUGUCUACAGCUUUUGAAAUCCAAAGGUACUUUAAGUAUACGAUUGACAUGUUAAAAAUACAGAUCAUCUAUUGCAGGAGUGCAGUGGCCCUAGCCUGGGGGCUGAAUGCAGCUCUCCAGGCCUUUCUAACCAUCCUUCAGGGUUCUUCCCAAGUUAUGCCCCCUUUUCAGGACUCAGUCCUCACCAGCUUUGCUCUACACCCUCCUUGAGUGUUUUUGUCUGGCUGGGAUGUAUGCUUGAACUACGAUAAAGGCUCGUGCUUGCCAAAACUAAGAACUACGGGCGUGGGUGUACUAGAAACCCCUGGUUUUUGUAUAAAUGGAAUGAAACUUGCAUUUUUACAAUAUGAGUAAUAUCUCUUGCAAUUCUUACUACCAUCUCUGGUCUCGGCCACCACUGGCACAAAGCCCCCCAGGCUGUGCACAAGCAUGGUCCGUCUAUGAAGCAGAGUGAAGCAAUUUGCCUUGGGUGGCAGAUCCAGCCCCCUGCCCGCACUGCUGCACUGACACCAGGCCUGCUGCGGCUUUGCCCAGGCCACUGCCACUGCACGACCACGAGUAGGGGUGCAGUUGUGGCAGGACCACGGCAGUACAGAUGCAACAGUGGGGGGGAGGAAGGGUCUGAUUCUGUGGGGGAGGGCAUUUUGCCUACAGUGGCCAUAUGUCCAAGGCUACCCCUGGCUGCCCAAGAAUAUAUCCCUUAGUUGGAAAAGGGCUCCACAACCGUUUUCUUUUCUUUCUUUUUUUAAAUGAUAUUUAUUAAAGUUUCAAAGAAUACAACAAUUUCACAAAAACAAAAAGUAAAAAUACAAGAAAAUACAGAAUACAGAAAAAAGAAUAAAGUUUUUAAGAUAUAGCAAAAAAAAUAAAAAAUAAAAAGAACAUACAAAAUAAAACAGUUAAAAACACGUUAAUUUUCCAUAGCCUAUCUUCCUUACACUUAUUUCCCCGGACCUCCUCGUACCUCCCUUUUUUGUAUUCCAGUUCAGUUUGUUAGUUCAGCAAAUCCUUACCAUUAAGCUUUUACCCAUUUGUAAACCUUUUUUCGUAUCUCUUCCACAACCGUUUUCUGUUAGGUGGAAAACUGAACAUUCUCUUCUAUCCUCACUUUGAAGAAAUUGUGAUAUUGGUCUGGACAUCUAAAACAAAUAAUGAUUCCAUACCCUCCAACAUUUCUCCAAUAAAAAUAGGGACAUCCUAUUCCAUAAUAAUAAUUUUACUAUUUUUGCCCUACACAUCUUACUGGGUUGCCCCAGCCACUCUGGGCUGCUUCCAACAUAUAUAAAAACAUAAUAAAACAUUAAACAUUAGAAAAAAAAUACUUCCCUAUACAGAAUUGCCUUCAGAUGGCUGAGGGUAACUCCAUACCCUCCAGCAUUUUUCCAAUGAAAAUUGGGGAAAUUCUAAGGAAAAGUAGGACAUUCUGGGAUCAAAUCGGAAACUGGGACAGCUUCUCUAAAUCAGGAACACCCCUGGAAAAUAGGGACACUUGGAGGGUCUGUGAUUCUAGACAGAGGGUGUUGUCUUCAAAGCUACACCAACUCCUCCCAUAGCUUCAGGACAACUGCAUGGGGGUGGAAAGUGAUUGUCUGAGAUGUGAAAGUCUCCUAAAAAGCAAGCUUGAUAAAAAUGGGGGGGGGGACUGUGGAAGUUUAGCUCAGGCCUUUCUCAUCACCCCCCUUUCUGUUUUUCAGGCAUUUUUGUAUGCAUUUGUGACUCUGUGAGAUGGACUGUGAAAAGACUCGUGGGUACUUUAAAUAUAUGAUUGUGUAGCAUUUUCAUUUAACUCUCCUUGAAUGUUUUUGUCUGGCUGCAAUGUAUGCUUGAAGUGCAGUAAAGGCUCUUGCUUGCCUGGGCAAAGAGAUAUGGGUGUUGGCCAUACUUGGGGUGUCAACUUGAAUAAAAUAUGGGGGGCACAGGUAAGCCCCGACCAACAUAAUCGAUCACAUGGCAUGCCACACACACACCAUUUGAAUGGCAAUGCCCAUCAACAGGGAUGGGGGAUUUGACCCUCUCAAAUAUUUUAUUGGGGCCCUCAGCCUCUAGGAGUUGGCUCCUGUGGGUGUACUAGAAACCUCUGGUUUUUGUGUAGAUGGGAUGUAGCUUGCUGCACAAAUGUAAGAUUAAAAUCUCUUGCUGUGCCUAUUAUCACUUCUGGCCCUGGCUACCACUGGCCAAGGAUUCAGUUGCCAAGUAUUCGAAAAGGUUCCCCAAACCUGAUCUGUUAGGUAGAAAAACUGGAAAUAUAUGCACACCAUCCAUUCUUAGUGUUGUCGUAUCUUGAAGAACAGAUAAGAGGACAGCCCAAGCCACCUGAGCCCAAAUACCCCAGACAUUUCCUUUAAAAUGUAAAAAUCUGCUCAGACAGGCAUGUUGACCCCCCAAAAGAGGAGAUGUCUGGGUUUUCCUGGACAUAUGGGAACUCUGCCUUCUCUUUGAAAAAAUGAUGAUAUUGGGAUGGAAUGCCUCACAUUAAAGGGCCUACUGAAGUGAGUAGUGAAAUAGCAGGGCAAGUUAGUACACAAUUUUUAUUCUAUAAAAUGGGAUUGCUGGUUUCCCACAAGCUGUAUUUUAGAAGAAGCUGCAGCGAUCUUCUCUGAUGCUAUAUUGCACACAAAUAGACCCCCGUCAGCAGACUACUUGUGAGCAGAGUGAUUUCUGUGACUUGUAAUUGGGGCCUGGUGAGAUUCACAAUAGGAAUCAUCCUUGGUUUCAUUUUCAUGCUGUUUACUGUUUUAAUCUGAAACUUUUCAUUUGCAGGUAUAAUCUAUUUUUCAUUGUUUCCUGAUUUAAAGUCAGAAAAUGGUAAGUGUUGGGAAAGACUCUGAAUUAAAAGCAGAGGCACUGUAUGUACUUUUCUUUGUUUCUUUGUUUGUUACACAGGAAAAUCUUUAAUAAAAACUAGUUUUUAGAAAGCUGAAAGAUUUAAAACAAUACAUCCAAUAAAAAAUAUUAAUUCACUUAUUCUAAGUUGGUACUGUAGUAAAAUACUUCGCCACUUAAACAGCUACGUGAUCCCAACUUUCUGUUAGAAAAUAUAUCACAAAAUUUUAGUUUUCUUGUGGUUAUAUUUAUUAUAUUAUUACAUUUACACUGGGAAGUGUUGUUAAGCGUAUGUUCGUUUCCUUGAAUAAAAAGUUAGCUUCACUGACAAUUGGCCCUGCUUCUUCAUGCUGACCUGCAUCUGUUCCCAUAUGCAUGUUGGGAUUAAAAGUGGGUCCUGGGUCUGUAAACAUUGAUGAUACCCCAGUUGAGAAUACUAAGUUCAGCUGAUGUAUGUUGCACAUGUAUCGGUAUGUGCUAAUAAAAUACCUGCUUAAAAUUACAACACAUACUAGAACAUCAUGUUGAAAACAACACAUAGUACCAGGAAUGAAAUACAUUGUGUGGCAUUACUAUAUUAUAUUUGAGGGCUCUGCAUCCUUCAUGUCUCACAGAAGGCAGCUAAGAAAAGGGAGAGGGAGCAGUUUGAGUACAGCAAGAAUGGAAGAACAGGGGAUGGCAGAACUUUGAGUAGAGGAAGCAGGGAUGGAGGGACACUGACAGAAAAAUGGUUAUUCUUAACAACAGCAUAGGUCUGAGUAGAGCAAGCAGGGUGAAACAGUGAGAGGGCAGUGGUGAUUUUAAAUAAUGUCAGAGUAGGAAUUUGAGCCACACAUUGAUUCUAGUUUUAUUUUGAAAUGCUUACUACAUGUAAAAUCCAUAUCUUUUUUCCUUUGCAGAUGAAUUAAAGAGAGAAAUAGGUCAGUAUUCUAACACCACCCAGCUUAAACUAUUAGUUGAUUCUAUAUUGCAACACUUCUUAUCCUCUGAAUCCAUUGUGUCCAGUAGGUUUUUGUGCUAACAGAAAGCACUUCCUUUACACAAGGAAGUUUUUCAGUGUUCCACCACCAAAUUUCUGAUUUUGGAAGGGGAGGUGAAUAAUACUUCAUUUUAAAGUGUCAUCUUUAUAUUAUAUCUUUUCUUUUUCAGAACAACUGAAGGCAGAAAUAGGUAAUUCAUAUGUAACAUUUCACAGUAACGGGGGGGGAAAUGCAUGUUCUUGAAAAAAUAGUAUAUGACAGGUUAUCAUACAGAAUAUGGAAGAGAAGAGGAUAGAGAGGUUGUUAUAACAGAGCACAAACUUCCUUAGGUGAGGGAGUGAUUCUUUAUCAAGAUCUACUAGGAUGAGUAGGGUUAGGAUCCAGUAGAUCUCUGGCUGACCUGAUAGGUUCCUGGCACAACUGGGCUAUACUGGCAUAACUCCCCAUUCUUGGCUCAGCUAGAUAUAUGCUGGCAUCCCCCCCCCCUCCAUCCCAACUCAGCCAGGACCCAGCUGGCUAUCAAGUAACAUGAGCAAAAUGUGAUAUACCAUGGCAAAGUGUGCAUAGAAUAUGCAUAUUUGUGUGGAAAUAACAUAUAAGAUUGCUUGUGGAAUGUGUACAUCAGGAAAUAUUGCAUUAAUGUGUGUGUCAAGAGAAAUCCACUAACAAUGCUAAUGAAUUUUCACGAGGACUUUUCAUUUGGGAAUGUGGAGAACUGAGCCUUAAGAUUGGGAAAAUAAGAAACCAAAGUAGGCAGAUUAGCCGAUCCGUGUCUGUUGCUAUCUUUCCUUCUGGCAGCUGCCCCUAGGUGCUGGUAUUCAAAAUAUGAUUGUAUCUUGGCAAUUAGCUAUUUUCCCUUCCUGCCAGGAAAUCCAACAUAUUCCUUGUUGAAAACAAAAUCAUGCCUGGAACACAGGCCUGAAUUGGAUGUAAUGUUAUUCAUGCCUUUGGGUCUUUUGUUAAUAGAUUGCAGGUAAAGGGGAGAGAACCAGUUUGGGAGCAGGGUAUAGGGAUCCUUUCUCAUGAAGAAUUCUGGAUACAUGUGACUUCGGUGGUGGGGAUUGAAUGUGAGGGCCCCUUCUAUCGAAUACUACCUUGCUUUGUUCCCUUACGAUACUGGUGCCAGAAUGAGGAUGGGUCCAUUCAUGUUUCCACAAUUGCGGAAGCAGCCUCUCAUUAGAGAACUCCUAACAUGCUCUGCAUUGCCCAUGUGCAGAGAACUGACACGGGUUGAAUAUUUGUGUGGACUUCUUGUGCCAGCAUUCCCAGUGGUUGUGUGACUAGCACUGCCUGUAUCACUAUUGCCCAUGAAACUUCUUUGUCCAUUCCUUUGUUCACAGAAUUUGCAGAUGUCCAUCGCUACAGAGGUGAGAAUAACAAAUGCUUGGAAAUACUAAUCAGCAAAAUGAUAACCAAUUAAAAUCAAUACUGGGGUUUGCAGUAUUUAAUUAUUUUAAUUAAUUAAUUAAUUAAUUAAUUAUAUUAAUUAAUAUAAUUAAAACCCUGGUUGUUUCAUAGGGCUUAUGUAGACCAUCCCGCAAACCACACCCUACAUUUCUCUCUCUCUCUCAUCCAUCCCAGAUCCUAGAUUUUAUUGAAACUUUUCAACAUACACUGCAGUAAAAAAAAAACACACACACUCUGUGUAGCAAGCAGACUGUGCUUGAUACUCUGUUUCCCAGAAACAACUGAUACAAUGGAACCCCAAUGUCAUAAAGGUUUUUGUGCUGGUCUGGGUAAAUUAAAGUGGCACUUACAGUGUCAGAAUGUGUGUUUUGUACAUAGAACGUUUCAAGUUCAAUCGCUAUCUCUCAUCAAAAGGAAUUUCAGACCCUUCUAGAUUUAUUUAUUUUUGCCAAGAUAUGGGAUUGUCAGUUCCUCUACUUUCUGAUUCAGCUCCAGAUGCAGCUUUUAGCUGUAUAAAAAUGCUAUGUGUGAUUUGCAUCUGACCUCGCAUCACUCAGGGAUGUCCCUGGUCCCAGCUAGCACAGUCAGUGGUCAGGGAUAAAUGGAAGUGUCCAAAGAGAUGCUUCUUCCAAACUUUGCCUUGAAUGAAACAAAGCUGCCUUUGAUCAAAGGCAGCUCCCUUGCCAAAUCCCCUCAAACUAGAUAGCAAUGAAAGGUAAGAAACCCUUCACCUUUAGAGUGUUCAUAUUUGUCUGUCCUUCUAUCCCUCCUGACCUUUUCUCAGCUUUUCAUAUUCAUGUUUAAGAGGGGUGCACCAUUACUUGUUUACAGAUUAGCAUAAUUUAUUUAAAAAUCAACACAAAGCCUGCUGCCCCAAAUGCAAAGAAGGUGCCAAUCAUCCUGAAAGAAAGAGGUCCACCUGUGCUGUAAAUAAUGUACAACAAAUGACAACCCAUUGAACAUGCUGGAACUUUGGUUGUCGAACACUUCAGAAGUUGAACAUUUGUCAGGGAGGUAUGGUUCUCUCUUCACAGUAAUUGCCACUUCACACCAUUGACCUUUUUAUGGUCUUUAUUUACAAGUAUUUACAGAAGUCAUCAUGAGCUAAUCACCAUUAGUCUGACUCUGUUGAAUCAAAUUCCUCCAGUGACCUCUUCCUCCAUUUCCAGCAUCUAAAGUGCGGGAACUUUACGACUCUACUUUGAACCUGUCUUUUGACCUUGUGCCUGGCUCGAGCUGUUGUAAAUCUACCUCCUCCUUCCGAUUCAGAGCUUAACCCUUGUGGUGCCUGUGAGGCUGCCUGCUCCCUUUCCACCUUUUCCUGAUUCCCUGCGUCUACAGGAGCUGACGUUUCCCCACUGGGCUCUCCUACCCUCUCCUCUUCUGCCUCCUCCAUUCCUAACCGAACGCUCUCUUCCAUGUCAGGGGAUUCUGAGCAUACUGAUUCUGCCCUGAAAACGUUUUGGCUUUCAAACACUGACAACCCAGAAGUGAAUGCUUCCAUUUUCAAACGUGCCUUGGAAGUCGAAUGCCUUCUGAGGUGUGUUUCUCAGUUUUUUUCAAUGGAUUUUUCCAACUGGCAAUUGCGCCUCGGUUGCUGAAUGUUUCGGAAGUCAAACAGUCUUCCGGAAUGGAUUAUAAUUGACAACCGAGGUUCCACUGCACUAUGGACUGAAAUAGAAUUGCAUGGGGGUGGGCAUGGGUUUGAUACUCUUUGAAGCACACUUCAUUUACUUAGAAAUUCAAAGUGCCCAUCUAUAUCUAUCUAUCUAUCUAUCUAUCUAUCUAUAGACAGGUGCCAUUUGUAGUUAUCUAUUUUCAGGCCUGAGUGUGAUCUACAAGGGGGUGUCACUGUCCUUAAAGUGUAACACAUAGCUCAAGUCUGUGCCUUUGUGUUAAGUCCUUUUUUCUUCUUUGCAGCUAAUGUGGUCUUGGACCCCAAGACAGCUCACCCAAGACUGAACGUUUCAGAUGGAAAAUGUUUUUGGGACACAGGAAACAUAUCUAAGGUUCCUAACUGUGAGGAGAGGUUUGACUCCCAUACAUUUGUUCUGGCAAAAGAAUGUUUUUCUAAAGGAAGACAUUAUUGGGAAGUGGAAGUUGGCGAGAAAAGAAAGUGGGAUUUAGGGGUUGCCUCUGAAUUUGCUCAUAGAAAAGGGGAGAUCACGCUGUCUCCUCAGAAUGGCUACUGGGUUAUAGGACUCGAAGGUAGAAAAAAUUAUUGGGCUCGGACAGAACAAUGGACCUAUCUUAAAGUGAGUGGGAAGCCAACGAAAAUAGGGAUAUUCCUAAACAUGCCAGCUGGAAGCCUAUGUUUUUAUGAUGUCCACAAUAAUAGGAAGUUAUACACAUUUUCUAUUUGUUGUUCUGGGAAGCUGUAUCCCUUCUUCUCUACAGGCUCUGUAGCUGCAGAGCUGGACAGCCAGCCACUGAAGAUUUCCCCAUGGCUUGAAGAAGAUGACAUUGUUGAGGAAGAUGGGAAGAAAGCAAACAUCUCAGAGAUGGCUCAGGAUUAG